AUGGUCGCCGACUCGUCCACCAACCAGCACCACUCCAACGAUGAGCUCGCCAACUUCAAGUCCGAUCCGAGCAGCGUCGAAGACAAAUCGCCAAAGAAGCAGUCCGCAAGACGCAGAGCGUACGCGAAACGAAGCUGUCUCAAAUGUCGCGAAAAGAAGGCCAGAUGCGAGCUGCCAGAAGAGAGCCUCACCACUCCUUCCUCCAUGACGCCGCUCUCUCACCAACUUGCCUGUCAUCGAUGCAAGGUUCUGAGCCUCGACUGCAUCGUCUGGGAUGGCGAUCGCAAACGGAGACCCAAAGUCUCGUCGUCGUCCAACAACAUCGAGGACGACGAUCUCAAAUCUCCCCCUUCCAAAAGGAUAAAAAAGGAGCCCAGUUCGUCUCGUUUACCAUCCUCACCACCUCGCAGCCCCGGAUCGCUCGAGCAACUUGCUGCAGCUGCCGCUCGUCUCUCGGAUCAACGCAGAACGUAUCAUGACGGCGCCGCCGACAUGUCUUCACACGCUGCAUCCGCCUCCAACGACGCCCCAAGCUCCCGGACUGAUGCCGCCUCCUCGCUCGCCUCCGUCCAAUUCUUCAACCCUAUUGUCGACGAUGCUGCCACAUCCAGCUCAACCCACUCUCCUGCCUCACAGCGUGCCUACGACCGUCAGCGCGAACGCACUGCAUCCUCGUCAAAGUAUGCCGAUCAAUCCCCGCGUACGAGCAAACCACCAACUCCUGGCUCGGCAGCUUCGCCCAACUUUGCCGCCUCUUCCGCACAGUCUUCCUCUUCGACUUCCAACAAAGCACAACCUCCUGGACGCACCUGGACAUCGCUGUGGAGACCCAUGUCGGUUCUCAUCGACUAUGCAGCCCAGCAGCCCAGCUUCACAAUCUACCUUCUCUCUCGCAUCGAUCGCAACCUCACAGACCUUGACAUCCUCGACCUCAUCCCACGCCAGACCCUCUCCUAUCUCAAGCCUUUUCUCAGGCCCUAUCUGCUCUGGCAUCCUCAUCUUCCGGAUCUCGAUCACAUCUAUACCGAACAUCGCAAGCGUCCCACCGUAUCCAGCUCCCUCCUUCUCAGCUCCAUGUGUCUUGUCGCCUGCCGUCAUGCAAUGCCGCUCACCGAUCCCCUCCCCACCAAGCUCUCAACGCUCGUCGAUCAGCUCGGCACACAAAUCCUGCUCUCCACUCCUCGAGACUUGUACACCGUACAGGCACUCGAACUCCUCUUGGCGCACGAACCAUCUCUUGUAGGCACAAGCGUCGCCGCAUCUGCUCAGGCCGAGCGCGGCAAUGGUCUCCUCGGCGAAUCACUGCUAGCUUCCGCCCUCACCGUUGCCAGAGGUCUCGAUCUCGACAAGGCCAUCGAUGACGUCGUCGACAUUUGCCGUCAGCCUCGCCCAAACGACCGCAAGCAAGCGCAGCAGCGCCGCGACUUGCUUGCUAGACACAUGGCUAGUGCCUCCAUCUGGAUCAGUCUGCGCAUCUGGGAGGGCCACUUCUCCAUCGUCAACUCCACCGUUCGUCCCAUUCAGCUCGACGAGAUGGUAGCAAAGGCAGAGUCGAUGCUUGCUAUCGACAACGACGGCGCCAAAAUCGAGCGCAUGCACCGCGACCCCUUUCAAUCCAUCGAGCAACGCUUUCCAGGUCUCGACGAGGACAGUAUUCUUCGAUCAGCCGGCCGCACAGGUCUUAUCUUCCGCCUGCAGGCCAUGGCCCGUUUCCAAGAUACCAUCGCCGGCUUCUAUCGUAUCCUUGCUUCCGCCAAGCCAGACUCGCCUGCUUCGCUGACACCCACAACCGUAGAGACGCGACAGCAGAUGCUCGACCUGCUAACCUCCUCGUCCCAUAAGCAGCUGGUCUGGCAAGCCGCCAAAGCGCAAGCCUUCAGCCCGUUUGCAAGCGUGCGACCCGCAAUUCUGCUCGAGGAUUGGUCCACCAUUGAGUCCUAUUCGCUCCAGGAGCUCUUGCCGUGCUUGGCUAUCUGCGCUUUCAUGACGGGCGAGCUCAACCACGGCUUUUCUGCCGACGAGAUCGUGCAUGCGCUCGUGCACGACAGCAGCUUUCAAGCUCACGCCACCCUCGUUUCUGACAGCAGGGACACUCAAGCUCAACUCAUGCUCAGCAACUUUCACCUUUUCGAUCGUGGCCUCGGCUCGUCGCAACCUGACAUCCUGAGCAGAGCCGGUACUUCCACUAGCAAGCAGCGCGGCUCUCUUUGGAUCGAAGCCACCGGCGCUCCCUUGCUGCUCACCACAGCCUUUGUCACUGCUGGAUGUAAGACCUUUCUCGAGAAAAACGCCUGCUCGCUGCACGGCUUUGAGUUCUUGCCCGUCACCGGCGACAUGCAUAUACUCACGCUCAUCAACACCAUGCACAGGCUCGAGGAGUGCGAUCGCAACGAAUACCUGCCGCCCCUCCGUCCCAAGAGGGGCAGCAUGCCACCUCCAAGUCGACGCUUAUCGAGCCUCCCUCCGAGUCCCGCAGAAUCGAAGCCACAAGCCUCUGCCGGCAAGAGCAUCUCUCAGGUGGGCGUGCUUUUCAUCCGAGAAAUGGUUCAAGUCAUGCAAAAAUGGAAGCUGGGCGCAUCUCUGCACAGGACCGUGCCUCUGCAAUAUCGGCACAUUCUCGGCGAUCAGACGCCGGCGACACCGCCUGGACGUGGCAAGCCUGCAUCUCAAUCUGCUGGCGCUCCUCCGCUCAAGGCACGAUCACCGAAAUCGAGCGCAGCCUUCCGCCAAUCUCAAACAGCUGAGCGCCAAGAUCCACUCUCCACUCCAGCUGACCAUGGCUCGACGAGCAAUGGAAUCGUCAAUGUCAACAGCAGCGAAGGGAGUUUGAGUCACGCCCAGUCCUUCUCUAACGGCUUCCAGACCAGCUUUAUCUCGGGCUUGCCCCAGCAGUCGCAUUCUUCCGGCGCCACCGCACCCGCCAAUGGCGGACAGGGAGGCAUGUUCGACAUCCCUGUCUUUGACCUCUUCGAGCCCGUCUCGGCGAUCGAAUGGACAAACAACGUGCCUUGGUUCGAUCCAAUCGACAACGGUGUCCCUGCACCCAACGGCGUGUCUUUGCCAAGCUUUGCAAAUGGAGAUGCGACGACGCAGUGGGGCCAAUACCAGCAAUCGCCUUCGAUGCAGUCGCCACUCCAGUCCGAAUGGCCAUCACAGCCGAGGAAGCGCAGCGCCGAUACUCUACCUCCUUUGCAUUAUGCUUCGAUGCACCAACCGCCGGCACUGCCGCUGCCAUCUCAGCCACACGCAUACAACGGCAGCCACCCUGCUUAUACUUUGCCCGCUCCCAGCUCGUCUCAGGACUUGGGCAGUGCCCAUGGAGAGCCGCAGCAGAGCGGCAUUCAAACCCAGGGUCGACCUUACGCCAAUAAUGGCGCCCACCAUCACUAUGAACAGCAGCAGCAGCAGCAGCAGCAGCAGCAUCACUAUCCCUACCAGCAGCAACAACAGUAUCAGCAUCAACGCUCCUACUAUGGUGGCGGAGGAAGCGUUCAUGGGGGUCGGAUCUUGAGUGACAACCACUCAGCUUGCGAUCGGACCCAAGCUCUUCGCCUUCCUGACGACACGGACAAUCGAUCACGAAUGCGCUGGCGACACGAAAAAUCGGACAUGUCAGUGAGCGCCACACGAACCAUCAACCACGACUGUGACUGCGAUCUGAACCUGCGAGGAGACUGUCACACCAAGGCGGAUGCUGAUGCCGAAUUUUGA